AUGAUGGUGAUAAUGGGUGAACGGAGUCUUAGAAUGUAUGAUGGUGAUAAUGGGUGAGCGGAGUCUGUCAGUACUGACCGUAGAAUGUAUGGAAGUGCUCCUGAGUUGACUGAAGCGCCAUCAGAGUACGGUGGUGAGGGUGUGGUAUUGCAACCUGUUGAGGUUAAAAAUUUAGGGCCACAGUUUAAUUUGAAGAAAAGUGAUAUGUGUGUGUGUGAUGUGUCUGCUGAGCCACUCUGUCCUGUGUCUCCUCCGGCAGUUGGUGCGGUACUGCGUAGUACCUCUGAUGGGAGUGCGGGAGAAAGUAGACUGGGACAGAUGGGCUGAAAACCUUUUGGCUUUGUUGGAAGGGACCUCUGUCUCUAACAGUGGAUUGGACAUGACUUCUGCUGUGCUAAAUGGAGGGACUGCAGAGCAGCUUAUAGACAAGGGGCCACUCGCUGUUGCUGCAGAUGGUCUCCCUCCCAAUAUGGAUGGGCCAAGUGAG